AUGGAACAUGACAUUGUACGCUUGUAUUCGGAUGAUCGCGUUAAAAUCUCCGGAUGGUCGGAACGAAUCCAACAGUAUCCGUACGAUUUUCCAAGCAACAGAGCAGGGCGAGCCGCUUAUAGAACCUUAGGAUACACCACAAAGCAUUUCAUCCCACGAACCAGCACGCAGGCGAUGAGUGAUACCGUUUGGGGUCAGUUUCAGCAACGGCAGUUGGCACAAAACCGUACCAAGAAACCCCUCAGCACUGUGGUUAAAUUGUGCCCAUAUAUCACCACCUACCAGGAUGACUAUUUCGAUCGAUUCCCAGCCUUCCGUAAGUUGAUGAUGAUAAAUGCACUGCAGGGUAGCACGAACAAACGCAUCCCCAAUCCGCUGUCUCUAAAUUGA